AUGACGUUCACCGACGAGUACAAGGGCGACAACGCCUCGGAGGCGCACGGCAACACCAAGUUGCACGUCAUCCACACCAACGACAAGAAGCGGAUGGCGAUCACCAUCGCGCACUACGAGCGCCACCUCAGCCUCCAGCGCCACAAGAUCAUCGGCAUUGAUCUCGAGUACGACAAGGACCCUGAAGCGACGCAGAAACCCGCCCUCUGCCAGCUCUCCAUCGGGAAGAAUCACCCGGUGCUGCUCUUCCAAAUGAGCAACACUGAAAGGUGCACCGUCUUCGACAACUUCCUCGCCGACCCCAGGUACACCUUUGCAGGCUUCUCCAUCAACGGCGAAAAAACCAGGCUCGAGCGCGUCAAACUAGAGGUCGCCAACUUCGUCGACAUCCAGAAGGAGUGGAGGGUUCCCGACGCAACCAAGCUGUUGGACUCCCUCGGAGACGUCUCCGGCGUGCUCAUCGACGACUACUACAACAACAUGAAGAAGAAGAUCACCGACGCCGAGCACCAGCGCUGGGCCAUGCUGCCUCUGUCCAGGAGGCACAUCGAGUACGCGGCAAAGGACGCCUACGCAGCGAUGGCACCGGUAGCGGACACAUGCGUCUACCCAGAAGGCCUACAGCUCACCAACACCGAGUGGCGCAGCAUGCUCGGCUGCCUGAUGAUACCCAACAGGGGGUUUCGUGCGCCAUUUCUUCAUCGCCUCACAACCACAGAUCUACAGGAAAGUUGGAAACUGCCAUCCGCAAUAAAAAUUCAUGCUCCAAGUUCAGGGAAGCUUACUUUGGAGACAGAACACAAAAAUGGCUAUGGAGACAUGGAAGCUGACUACCACAUCGACUCUGAAGACUGCAUCAACAUAACUACUGGUUGGAAAGAUUUUGUCUCCCACAAUGGCUUUGAGGCCGGAGAAGUGGCCAUGGUCUUUUUCUACAAAGAAGAAGACUCCAUCAAGUUUACAAUAUUUGCACUCUAG